UCCCCACCCUUGCUUCUUGCUGCUUUUUUGCAAGGGAAGAAUCUAUCUUUUACCUCUCUCUCUCUCGCGAGGAAGAAGAGAGAGAGAGACGUGCAGUUCUAAUCAUGGAGUUUCUUCUGGCAAUCCAUGUGCAUCAAUGACCUCGGCCCACUUCGCUUUAUUUUACACUUCUGUUCAGUCUCUCUUUCUAGCCAAUCUUUAAGUUAAACCUCUUCUUUUCCUCUGUGCAUAUAUACACCCACACAUACACAUAUACUCCUACUUGAAGUGAAAAAAUAAGACUUGAAGAGCAAUUCUUGAACCGAUGAACAGUACCGGUCCAACACCUUGCAGCCGAUCUUGGUCCAUUAGCGAGGACUCGCUGAGAAGGUACGUACACUUUGCUAGCGAAAGCUGCAUACAAGAGUUGCUGUCUGCCUCCGAUUCGAAUAGGUUUGGCAAUGUUGGUAAUGAUGGAUGGAAGAUUCUAACUGAUCUAGACAAUGGGGUAGAGAUAUCAAAACGUAGGUCUGGAUCAUUCCACACCUUUCGCAGCCGUUGGCUGCUCAGAUCAGUCUCCCCUCAACAAUUCAUCACUGUUGCCAAUGCCAUUGAUGCUGCUAAGCAAUGGGAGCAGGACCUGGUGGAAGCUAGAUACAUAAAGGACCUUGAAGAUAAUCUCAGCAUAAUCCGUCUGAGGUUCGGAGAGAACUCUAAACCUUUGUUUAGAAACAGAGAGUUUAUAGUAUAUGAGCGACGGGAAACAAUGGAAGAUGGAACCCUGGUGGUGGCAGUAGCUUCAUUGCCAAAAGAGAUAGCAGCAGGAUUGCAUCCAAAGCAAAAUAAUGCUAUCAGAGGACUUUUGCUGCAGUCAGGGUGGGUGGUGGAGAAGCUUGAGGAUGAUUCCUGUAUGGUCACCUAUGUCGUCCAGUUAGAUCCUGCUGGAUGGCUGCCCAAGUGCUUUGUGAACAGGCUCAACACGAAGCUGGUUAUGAUCAUUGAAAACCUCAAGAAAUUAGCACAAGGUUGUCCAGCUGAUGGCGACAAAUGAUACCGAAAUUGUUUUCUUUUUCCUUACAAAAAAGUGGCAAAAUCAAUGGAAGAAAGGAAAUAUCGUAUAAAGUAAUAAUGAUAUGCUGUUUUUCCACACUCUUAUACAUUAAUUAUUCGGCUCUAUAGAAUACUUGCAAACAUGUAGUUGAAGCUCUGAAGGAAAUCCCAGUCAUUAAGAAGGUA